GAGAAGAGGAUGAAGACGCAGCAGAAACUGGAAUGACAGAGAUAACUUUGAUGGCGACAUCAUAUCCUCAUCCAACAAAUCCCAAAAUUAUUUUCUGGGAUCUUCCCGGCAUUGGAAGACCCAACUAUCCUGAUUUACCCACGUACUGUGAAAAAGUAAACUGGGAGAAGUACGACACCUUCUUGAUUUUCACCAGGGGACGAUUCACUGAAAAUGAUCUGAUUCUAGCGAAAAAAAUUAUCUCUAUCGACAAGUCUUUCUUUUUCAUUCGCACGCACAUCGAUGUGGAUUACAACAACGAGAAACGAAAGAAAGCGUUCAAAGAAGAAGAAAUGUUGAAGAAGAUUCGCACUGAUUGUUGGAAAAAUUUUCAAGGCGUCCGUCAUGGAUUGAACGAAGAUAAAGUGUUUCUUAUCAGUAACCACCAUCCUACCAAAUGGGAUUUUGCACGUUUAACCCAGUCUAUUCUCGACGUUCUGCCGUUUCGACAACGAGAGUGUCUCACUUUGUCCUUAGGUGUACAGACCAGCCCUUCUACAGACAUUCUGAAUCGAAAAGCUGAUGUUCUUCGAGAAUUAAUAUUGCAAGAGUGGAAAUACAUUGAUGAAUCAACGAAACAUAGAGAAUUGUUUUUAAAAUUGAUUGAAUAUGGACGCAAUUCCAGUGUUGAGGUUAAAGUGGUGGGCAAUGUACGAGUAAUUUUCUCAGAAGAGUUUUGCAUUGGCAAAGGAAGUGAUGGAACACGUGUUUAUCUUGGACUGGGUAAGGAUGGUUACGGUAAAGCAGUGAAACAAAUACGUCGAGAUAGCUACAUCCAGCUUGCGCUGCACGAAAAGAAAAUUUUAAAUGAAUUCAACGCAAGAAAGUCGAAAUAUGUUGUGAAUUAUUCUUUCCUAGAGGAAGAGACUGGAACAGAAUAUGUAUAUUUGAUAUUAGACUUAUGUGAAGAAUCAUUGGAGAGUUUCGUAGAAUCGUCUACUUUACAUGAUCUUCAAAAAGCUGUUCCCGAAAUUCUCAGACAAAUUUUGCAAGGAUUAGCUGAUCUUCAUAGUGGCCCAAAUCCUAUUCUUCAUCGUGAUUUAAAGCCCACCAAUGUUCUUCGAGAUUCACAAGGCAAAUUUCUGAUAGCUGAUUUUGGCAUUAGUCGAAUGUUGAAUAAUGAUUGUACGACAUAUGAAAGCAAGCCUAACACGGGAACUGAGUAUUGGAUUGCUCCUGAAUCAUAUUGUGAAGAUAAAGAUACAGUCGAUAAAGGACGGUACAAGAAAGAGUCUGAUGUAAUGAAUGCAGGAAUGGUAACUUAUUAUAUUGCAACAAAAGGAAAACACCCGUUUGGAACUAAACGGCAUAGAUUGGACAAUAUGUUAAAUGGAAAACCUGUUGGCUUGGAGGAAAUCAAGGAUGAAGCACUGAAAGACCUUCUAUCGUGGAUGUUAAACCGAGAACCAGAAGACAGACCAUCGGCUACCGUGGCGUUAAAACAUCCAUUUCUUAUGUCGGAUGACGAGAAAUUUGACUUAUUAUGUAAAGUUGGAAAUCUUCAGCAGAUUAAGACAAAUGAUCCCCUGUGUAGUGUCGUUCAACAAUUGAAUAGUGAAUCCUCAGAUUGGAAAAGUAAAAUAGACAGUGAUGUUUAUGAUUACUUUAGAACGGACGUGGUGACUGGAAAUAUUUUUACAUAUGACUCUUCAUGGACAGAAUGUUUAAGACUUAUUCGAAAUAUUAACCAACAUUGGAACGAUCGACCACGGCCAAAACCUCAACCAGAACCAUUUUAUAAGAUUGGCGAUCACAAGGCGUAUAUUCUCAAAAAAUUCCCCAAUCUCCCUGUUCGAGUGCAUGCUACUGUGAGAUCCAAUGAAGAAUUGAAAAACAAUCCAGAUCUCAAGAACUUUUUCAAUUUCAGUGAAAAGAAACCACAUCAAAAACAAACAGUUUUUAAACAGUAAAAACAGUUUGUGAAAAGGCAAGUGAACAGGAAAUAUACCGUGUAAAAUAAAAUUUACUCAGAUUGGAAAAGACAAAUAAAUUUUUUACGUAUAUGAUUAUUUUGAUUGCUGGCUUUCAUUGACAGAUCGAUUGAUUGCGACCAGCACUAAAACCAUCUAUUUUAUAAAGUCGAUGAUCCUAAAGAGUUCUUUUUGAAAUCCCAGUUCGGGUACGUGCGGUUGUCUGGUGAAAUGACGAAUUGAAAAACAACCCAGAACUUAAGAACUUUUUCAGUUUUUAAUGAAAGCGAACCACAAUGAAAAGUUUACUGACAGGAAAACAAAUAAGAAAUCAACGAUACGGUAGUUAAAGGUUUUAUUUUAUACAUGUAAAGUAGCAAAACACUUUUCACGACGUAUUUGGAUGAUGCAUAUUCACAUUUCUGCAUCUAGCUUACAUUAUUGAAUGAUAUAAUAUCUGAUUAUUUAAAUUUUGUUCUCAAUUGCUUUUGUUGAAGGCGUAUGACAUUUAAAGUCAACUUUAUAAAAUACAUAAUAAAACUCUUAUACGAUAGUAAAUGGUAUUUCUGGAGUUACAA